CGCAGAGCCCAAAGCAGCAUUACUUUACGUCGUAGGCUUCGAAACCUUCUCCACAGUCGCCGACUCGCGCAGCUCCGCCGUUCAUAAACCCUUCUUUGUCUCAAGGUUUGUGUCUCUACGACCUUUAUUCACGAUGUCUAUGCUCGAACUAAUUACCAAAGCGUCAGCUACACCCGAACAGCUACCUUCAGAUUCACAAUACCCGAUAGUUCUUAAUCCAGACCCUAUUCUGCUCAACUUGAAACCUCAAACCCAAGAAUCGAAUGACGUUUCGUUCGUUAAACGUGUUGAAGGAUGGAAAAUUUCUCAAACGGAUACGGAGAUUAUAGAGUUAGGGCAAAACUUCUAUAAGAAGUUGAAAAUUAAGCUAAAAAACCUUAAAUCGUUCACUAAGGUUGAGUUCAUUAGCAUGUUGACUUCGUAUCUGAAGAAGAACAGCGAGAAACUCGGAAUUUCAGUAGUGGUUGAACAGAAGGACGAGAGUUAUACUAAGGCGCUUGUAGUUUCAGUAGCGAUUGAACAGAAGGGCGAGGGUUAUACUAAGGCGCUUAUACAAAAAAUAGGUUUUUUAAUGGGUGAGGCUGUUGUAGGUUUAGUAUUGGAGGCUUGUUUUGCAUUCGAAAUUUGGGAGAUAUUAGAAACUCUGAUCGUUGGUGGUCUUAUUGAGGGUUCGAGUUCUAGGAAGUUAGUUCAUAAUUUGAUUGAGAAAAAGAGGUCUGAUUUGGUUUGUUUGUGUGUCAAGCAUGUCUCUGAUCUUCAAUUUUCUGACAUCCUUUCCGUUUUGAAGUUCUUCCUUUCUCCACCUAAAGAUGCUUACGACACCAUGGCUUUCAUAAGGAAAGAAUGGGAGACCGAAGCUUUGUCCGCCAUUGAAAUGGCAAAAGACAAAACCCUUGCUGAAAAGACAUUCAACUUGGCAAAAGAUGCUGCUAUUUUACUCAUGAUGGCUCAUGAUGAGUUUACAACCAGUGAAUUGUGCUUGCAUUAUCUUCUUUCAUCCCCAAAUCUUGAUGAUGUAAUAUUCUCAGCUUGUAUUGGUAACUUAAAUGGUUCAGAGAUUAUGGGUUUCGUGCGUUAUUUGAAGAAAUGGUUGAAGAAGUAUCAAAAGUUCCCACAAGCAUCUUCUUCUUCAAUUCCUAAAGCUUCAUCUUUACAUUGGCUUAAAGUUUUUGAUUCAGUUCCUUCACUUGAAAAUGUUACCAAGUGCUUUGGGUUUGUUCUUGAUGAACAUUUCUCUUCAUUGGUAUUGCACCCGGAGUUUUGUGAGGAGGUGAAAUCAAUAGAGUUGGUUGUGAAUUCUUUGGCCGCAGAAGCAAGGAUUUGUUGCAAGUUGGCAAAUUUGAGUAAAUUGAUGUUGAAGAUAUGAACCAUUAGGUUUCUGAAGCAAGUAUCAUCACAACAAAACAGGAAGGUAUAAACUUCAGAUGGAGCUAUUUUGUGUUUUGGCCAUACAACUUAUUGUUUGUAUUAAUGAAAUUUUGAUGAGAGUUUAGAGUCGCAGAAUGUAAAAUGGAGAACACAGUCGAUUUUUUUGUCCAAUUUCUAUAUUUGUAUCGAGGAUUUUUCAAAAUUGAAACCAAAAUUUU